CUGAAACCCUUUCUUCAGUAGUACCGUUGCACGGACCUUUGUCACAUUUUUUCGGAACUCUUAUUUAAUAGACAAAUUAUAAAUUAAAAUCAAACAAACAAACUUGUCAUACAAAUGGACAGCGUUGGCGAGGAUUGCAACGAGCUGAAGCAGCAGUACGACGCUUGUUUCAACAGCUGGUUUUCGGAGCGGUUCCUGAAAGGUCAAACGGAUGACUCAGCUUGUGUGCCGAUUUUCCGGGUGUAUCAGGAGUGCGUCAAGCGCGCUAUUAGGGACAAGAAGAUCAAUUUGCGGGAGAUAGACCCAAUCUUUGAAACGAGUUCCGACGAGGACAAUGCCAACAGUUCCGAUGGACAGAAGCAGCAGAAGGGCAACAGUUGACCUCACGACCCUCUUCACAAGAACCAAGGAAAUAGGCAGCUAAAGCAUCAGUUCCAGACCAUCUAUAAGGAAUAUAACCCAGAGAAUCCUCGCCAGCGUGCAAUUGCUUAAAAGCCACGUAAACUGAACAAGUUCGUAGCAUUUUAAUAGUUAACAAUACAAUGGCCAUGAACAACUGAUUAUACAAUAACAAAAACUGCCUUAA